CCCUCGCUCAUCCUCUCGCCGACAAGAUGGCGGCGGCGGCGCUGCGGAUGGCGGCGCGAGCGGCUUUGUUUCCCUCCCGCGCCUGAAGCCGGCUCCCGCCGGCCGGCCGCGGGGGCAGCGGCGGAGACAUGACCGCGGAGCCCGCGAGUGAAAGCAAGUUGAAUACAUUGGUGCAGAAGCUUCACGACUUCUUGGCUCACUCGUCAGAAGAAUCUGAGGACGCACAUUCUCCUCCAAGAUUACCUAUGAGCAAAAAUAUAGAUAAAAUUAGUACACCUGGAAAUAUGCCGACUCCAAUGGAAAACAACAAAGAAGAGGGUAGUAGCUCUUCUGAAAGAUCCAAAUCUUUAGGAUCAUCACGUUCCAAAAGGAAACCCACAGUUGUAACAAAAUAUGUUGGCUCAGAUGAUGAACAGACUUUAGAUGAAACCAUGAAUCAAGAUAUUUCGAAUGAAAACUCGGAAAAUGAAGUUGAUAUGAAAAGCUUGCCUAAAGGUACAAUAGUUGUGCAGCCAGAGCCAGUACUUAAUGAAGACAAAGAUGACUUUAAAGGACCUGAAUUUAGGAGCAGAAAUACUGCUAAAAUCAAACCUGAAAAUCAAAAGAAGCGUGGAGAAGAAGGGCUGCAUGGUAUUGUCAGCUGUACAGCUUGUGGUCAGCAGGUGAACCAUUUUCAGAAAGAUUCAAUCUACAGGCAUCCCACAUUAAAAGUACUAAUUUGCAAGACCUGCUUCAAAUACUAUAUGAGUGACGAUAUCAGCCGUGAUGCAGAUGGAAUGGAUGAACAGUGUAGGUGGUGUGCUGAAGGUGGGAACUUAAUUUGCUGUGACUUUUGCCAUAACGCCUUCUGCAAAAAGUGUAUAUUACGCAACUUAGGCCGAAAGGAGCUGUCAAACAUAAUGGAUGAAAAUAACCAGUGGCACUGCUAUAUUUGCCAACCCGAACCUUUGCUGGACUUAGUUACUGCUUGUGAUAGCGUAUUUGAAAAUUUGGAACAAUUACUGCAGCAAAAUAAAAAGCGAAUCAGAGUUGACAGUGAAAAAAGUAAAAUAUAUGACAAUACACUUAAAUAUUCUUCAAAGAAAAAUAGUUCAAGUUGUAAUGGAGAAGAAAAAAAAAUAGAUCGUCCAUAUUCUGGUGCUCUAACCUAUUCCUACAAAGCAUUGAUGGUGCCAAAAGUCCUCCUUAAAAAAACCAAAAAACUGGUUGAAACAACAACAAACAUGAAUGCUAGUUUUGUAAAUUUUUUGAAGGAGUUAGCUGAAAAUUCUGAAAUAAACCCAACAGUGCACUUACGUCAGCUGAAGGCUUUUAAAUCUGUAUUGAGUGACAUUAAAAAAACUCACGUUGCAUUGGAGGAAGGCCUGAAUUUGGAAAUUCAAGCAUUGGAUGCUAAAAUUAAGUUAAAGAAUGCCAAAGAGAAAGAAACUGAAAUUAAAUCGGAUAGCAGUGAAGUGAAGAAACCCGAAGGAAAAGAACUCAAAGAUCAUCAGAUCCCAUCAGAGGCCAGUGACUGUGUGGAUCCGAGUGUCCCAGCAGUGGAACAACCAAGCAGCAAAAAAACCGGCUGCAAAGAUAAAAAAACUGUGAGAGGCGAUGACCUCCAAUAUGAACCCAAUAGUACUGAAGCGACAGACAUGGAUAUUGUGUCUGUUCCCUCAUCUGUUCCUGAAGAUAUUUUUGAAUCUUCUUUGGAAGCACAAAAAGCGGGUGAACAGGGUACUGGAAGUAUAAAAUCUCAAGACAGUAGAGGUGGAAUGAAAUUGAUAUCUACAAAAGUUAAAAAAGAAUUGGUUGUAAAACUGACUCCAGUUUCCCUUUCUAGUUCUGUAAAAGCUGAAGAUCCAGAAGGAAAGGCAGAAAAAGGAGAGAAGAGAGAUGGUGCAAAAGAAAGUGAUGGCGCUGAAUCCCUACCUGAAAAUAAAACACUUUCAUUGGUAGAAGACCAUGAUCUGAGAAGGUCUCCUCGUGUUAAAACCACUCCUCUGAGGCGCCCAACAGAUAUAAACACCUUAAUGUUUAAUUCAGAAGAGGACAGCAAUGAUGCAGACAGUGAAAAGCAUAGAAGAAAAAGUGCGCAGUCCAAAAGAAGCAAAGCUAAGCAGAGCUCUCCUGACAGCACGGUUUGUAGUCUUCAGUCGAACAGACCAGAUACAGUGGACCAAAGUUCAGACUCUGAUGAAGUACCUGCAGUCCUGCAGGAAGUAGCUGUGAUGAGCCAUAGUUCAUCAGAUGCUGACAGCAACAGUGAAAUGCCGAAGGAUAUGAUAAAUGCGUUAGAGAAGCAAGCGGUGAAGGAGGACAAUGGAAAACGAAAAAGGAAAAGCUCCAGUUCCGGAUCAGACAUGGACGCCAAAAAAGGCAAAUCAAGUAAAGAUUUAGCUGCUGCUAAAAAGAAACGGCAGAACUGUUCAGAUCCUGCUAAUUAUGAUUCUGAAUUAGAAAGGGAGAGUUUGAGUAAAACUCAGCCUUCAAAGAAAGGCCCAAAGGGAGAUAGUGAUGGUUCCUCUGAAGAGGAGCUGAAUAAAAAAGGAAGGCGAAAUUCAAAGCAGCAGCAGGCUGAACUGUGCAGUGAAGUGGCUGGUGAUGAAUUCUCUUCUCCAGAUAAAGAGAGGCUGGACAAUUCUUUGGAAGUUGCAUCUUGUAAAGAGUCAUUUGUUAAGGAGAAGCGAACAAGGGAUCUCAAGGACAGAGCCACCAAAGAUAAAGAGCAUGUCCCAUCCGAAAAAGAGGACAGUAGCGUUUCAGGCAGAAGGAGCAGACAUUUGGGAAAGGAAGGAUCCGAAUUGCCUUUAGAUGAUACAGGACACUCUUUAAAGCAAGACCAGAGCAGUGAAUCAUCAGAUGAUGCUAGGAAGAAGGCUAGAAAAAGCACGAAAUCAAGAGAGACUACCUGCCAGAGAGAAACCCCGGGAAGGGGGCAAAGUGAUUCCUCUUCUGAAAUUGAGAAGCCUUCUGACAAAGAGAGCAGCAGUGCUCCUGGAGGCAAUAGUAUCCAACAAAGUGCGCUUGAGGGAAGGUCCAGAAGGAACUUGAGAGAGAGAGUUUCGAAGAAGCCCCAGGUGAAUAAUGCUUCAGACGCUGAGAAGUCUCCCAACAAGGAACAAGUCUGUGAUACUUCAGAAGACAACUUAAAUGCAAAAGGCAGUAAUGCCAAGGAAAAGAAAAAAGCAAGUCCCAAAAGAAAAAAUUCCAAAAACUCAAGUGGAGACUUACUGUCCUCUUCUGAUGAAGACUUCAGUGAACAGAAAAAGAAUAAAAAAAGAGGGACGCCCGCUAAGGGAAGUAACAAAGGCAUUCGUAAAGAAAGAGGGAAAACUGUUGCCCAAAAAUCAAAGACUGAAACCAUCUCCGCCGCUACUACGUCGUCGUCAUCAAAUGAAGCUGAAAAUGAGGACCUGAAUUCAGCAGGCGAGGAAAGCAGUGAUGAGCAGAAAAUUAAGCCUGUGACAGAAAGUUUGUUGGCGGCUACAAAAAUGGGAUUUUGUCAGUCUUCAGGAGAUGAAGCAGAGAAUAAAUCGGCAGCUGUGCCAAUGGAAGAGGAGGAAGAUGAUGACGAUGAUCCUGAGAAUAGAAUUGCCAAGAAAAUGCUUUUAGAAGAAAUCAAAGCCAAUCUUUCCUCAGAGGAGGAUGCUUCUUCUGUUGAAGAAUCUGAUGAUGGGAAAAAGAAGAAAGGAAGGCAACCCGAAAAUCUUGGCGAAAAUGAAGAGAAUGAACACGAAGAUGAUUCUGACUCCGAGUCGGACUCUGAUUCAAAUGAUGAAGAGGCUAAGAAACCUAGGCAUAAACACCGGUUGUUAAGACACAAAUUGUCAAUGAGUGAUGGAGAGUCUGAGGAAGAGAAAAAAGGAAAAUCUAAGGAGUCAAAGGAUGUUAAACGCAGAAAUAGAAGGAAAGUGAGCAGUGAGGAUUCAGGUAACUCAGAAGGAAACGAAUCUGGAGUCAGCGAAGACGUCAGUGAAUCUGAAGAUGACCAGCGUCCUAGAACAAGAUCUUCCAAAAAGGCUGAAUUAGAAGAAAAUCAACGGAGUUACAAGCAGAAAAAGAAAAGACGGCGCAUCAAGGUCCAGGAGGAUUCAUCUAGUGAAAACAAGAGUAAUUCUGAGAACGAUGAUAAUGAUGAUUCAAAAUCUCCUGGGAAAGGCAGGAAAAAAAUACGAAAAAUUCUUAAGGAUGACAAGCUCAGAACAGAAACCCAAAAUGCACUGAAAGAAGAAGAGGAGAGAAGAAAACGCAUCGCAGAGAGGGAGCGUGAAAGGGAGAAGCUAAGAGAAGUGAUAGAAAUAGAAGAUGCGCCAAUGAAAUGUCCAAUUACAACUAAGCUGGUUUUAGAUGAAGAUGAAGAAACCAAAGAACCGUUAGUUCAGGUUCACAAACACAUAGUUACAAAACUGAAGCCACACCAAGUAGAUGGUGUUCAAUUUAUGUGGGAUUGCUGUUGUGAAUCUGUGAAAAAAACAAGGAAAUCUGCAGGCUCUGGAUGCAUUCUUGCCCACUGUAUGGGUCUGGGAAAGACCUUGCAGGUAGUUAGCUUUCUUCAUACUAUUCUGCUGUGUGAUAAACUGGAUUUCAGUACCGCCCUUGUUGUUUGCCCCCUGAACACGGCCCUGAACUGGUUGAAUGAAUUUGAGAAAUGGCAAGAAGGCUUAGAGGAUGAUGAGAAAUUGGAGGUCUGUGAACUAGCCACAGUGAAACGCCCUCAAGAGAGGAGCUACAUGCUGCAACGAUGGCAGGAAGAAGGCGGUGUCAUGAUCAUCGGCUAUGAGAUGUACCGGAACCUGGCACAAGGGAGGAAUGUAAAAAGCCGAAAGCUCAAAGAAAUAUUUAUCAAAGCACUGGUUGAUCCAGGCCCUGAUUUUGUUGUAUGUGACGAAGGGCACAUACUAAAAAACGAAGCUUCUGCUGUCUCUAAAGCUAUGAACUCUAUAAAAUCCAGGAGGAGAAUUAUUCUUACGGGGACGCCACUGCAAAACAACCUCAUAGAGUAUCACUGCAUGGUGAACUUUAUCAAGGAGAAUUUGCUUGGAUCAAUUAAGGAGUUCCGAAAUCGAUUCAUAAAUCCCAUCCAGAAUGGUCAAUGUGCUGACUCUACCCUGGCUGAUGUUAGGGUGAUGAAAAAGCGUGCCCACAUUCUGUAUGAAAUGUUAGCUGGAUGUGUUCAGAGGAAGGAUUAUACAGCAUUAACAAAGUUCCUGCCACCAAAGUAUGAAUAUGUGCUAGCUGUUAGAAUGACUCCUCUUCAGUGUAAACUGUACCAGUACUACUUGGAUCAUUUAACAGGUGUCGGCAACAGCAGUGAAGGUGGAAGAGGGAAAGCUGGAGCUAAACUUUUCCAGGAUUUCCAGAUGUUAAGCAGAAUUUGGACUCAUCCUUGGUGUCUGCAGCUGGACUAUAUUAGCAAAGAAAAUAAGGGCUAUUUUGAUGAAGACAGCCUCGAUGAGUUCAUAGCAUCAGAUUCGGAUGAAACGUCGAUGAGCUUAAGCUCCGAAGAAUGUACUAAGAAGAAAAAAACCAAGGGCAAAAAAUCAAAGAAAGACAACAGUUCCAGUGAGAGUGGGAGCGAUAAUGAUGUUGAAGUGAUUAAAGUCUGGAAUUCAAGAUCUCGUGGAGGCGGAGAAGGAAACACGGAAGAACCAGCCAGCAUUCCUCCAGCCAAGACGGAAGAAGGCAAGGGCGCCUCUUCUUCCGAACCAGGAAGUCCAGCUCCAGAUUGGUACAAAGAUUUCGUCACUGAAGCAGAUGCUGAAGUUCUGGAGCAUUCUGGGAAGAUGAUUCUCCUCUUUGAAAUUCUUCGCAUGGCUGAAGAGCUUGGGGAUAAAGUUUUAGUGUUCAGCCAAUCUCUGAUAUCACUGGAUUUGAUAGAAGAUUUUCUAGAGCUAGCAAACCGGGACAAAGAAGAGGGUAAACCUGUAAUAUAUAAAGGUGAAGGGAAAUGGUUUAGAAACAUUGAUUACUAUCGUUUGGAUGGUUCUACCAAUGCUCAGUCCAGAAAGAAAUGGGCCGAAGAAUUUAAUGAUGUCACUAAUGUCAGAGGCCGUUUGUUUAUUAUCUCCACUAAAGCGGGAUCUCUUGGGAUCAAUCUUGUGGCUGCAAAUAGAGUAAUUAUUUUUGAUGCUUCCUGGAAUCCAACAUAUGACAUCCAGAGUAUCUUCAGAGUUUAUCGAUUUGGGCAAAAUAAACCAGUGUUUGUGUACCGGUUCUUGGCUCAGGGAACGAUGGAAGACAAGAUCUACGAUCGUCAAGUGACUAAGCAGUCGCUGUCUUUCCGGGUCGUCGACCAGCAGCAGGUUGAGCGCCACUUUACCAUGAACGAACUCACGGAGCUCUACACGUUUGAUCCAGAUUUGCUGGAUGAUCCUAAUACAGAGAAGAAGAAGAAAAGGGACACACCAGUGUUGCCCAAAGAUACACUUCUAGCUGAACUGCUGCAGAUCCAUAAGGAGCAUAUUGUUGGCUAUCACGAGCACGACUCCCUCCUGGACCACAAAGAAGAAGAGGAGUUGACUGAGGAGGAGAGAAAGGCAGCCUGGGCUGAAUAUGAAGCAGAGAAGAAGGGCCUGACGAUGCGUUUCAACAUACCAGCAGGGACAAAUAUGUUCCAGACCAACUUCAACUCUCAAACCCCAUAUAUUCCUUUCAACCUGGCAGCCUUGUCUGCUAUGAGCAACCAACAGCUGGAGGAUCUUAUUAACCAAGGCAGAGAGAAAGUUGUGGAAGCAACAAACAAUGUUACUGGAGCAAGAAUUCAGCCCCUUGAAGAUAUCAUUUCUACAAUAUGGAAGGAGAAUCUGACCCUGACGGAGUCCCAGGUUCAGGCUUUAGCUCUAAGCCGACAAGCGAGCCAGGAGUUGGAUGUUAAGCGCCGGGAGGCCAUCUAUAAUGAUGUGCUGACAAAACAACAGAUGCUCAUCGGCUGCGUCCAGAGGAUCCUGAUGAACCGGCGGCUGCAGCAGCAGUACACGCAGCAGCAGCAGCAGCAGCAGCUGUCCUACCAGCAGGCCGCCAUGAGCCACCUGAUGAUGCCGAAGCCCCCGGGCUUAAUCAUGAACCCUUCCAGCUUCCAGCAGAUAGAUAUGAGAGGGAUGUACCAGUCGGUCGCUGGCACGAUGCACCCACCACCGCUGCAGCGUGCACCUCCCCCCAUGAGUGACAAAAACCCGGGAACAUCCCAAGGGAAAUCAAUGUGAUUUUGCACUAAAAGUUUUAAGGAGCGUUAAAAUCAGAGAGAGAAAGAGAGAGAAUUUUUUUAUUUUUUUAGGAAUCAAUGGCUUAACAGAACUCAACUGUAUAAAGAGUUUGGGCGAUUUCCCCCCAUUUAGUCGCCAUGUUUCAUUUUAGCUUUGUUUUUGAUAAGAC